AUGGGCGCAGUCGGGCUUCCCGACGACGUGGGCACAGCAAUGGCUACAUCAGUGGCUCUGAAAAUAGCGAAGAAAGAGCUGAGAACCCUAAUGAAAAAGAAGCUUUCAAGUGUACCCUCAGCGUCGGUUGAGUCCCAAAGUGCUACAAUAUUUGAGACAGUCACAGGCUUCAAGCCAUACCAAGACGCAAAGCGCAUUGGUAUUUACCUGUCAAUGCCAAUAGGCGAGGUCCAAACGGAUGCCAUUGUACGCCAUGCUCUUCAGUCUGGAAAGCAGGUUUUUGUGCCGUAUCUUCAUAAGGCUCAGGAUCCACCUCCUGACACUCCUCGCUCCGUAAUGGAAAUGGUGGAUUUAAGGACUCUAUCUGAAUAUGAUUCUCUGGAAAGAGACAGCUGGGGAAUACCAACAAUCGGUCCGAAUACUGUGGACCAACGAGAACAUAUACUCAAAAGCUCAACUCAAGAGAACAAGCCACUUGAUCUCAUACUCAUGCCCGGUGUGGCUUUUGACCUUGACCCAAAGACUGGCUAUAUCAGGCGGCUAGGUCAUGGAAAGGGCUUUUACGACUACUUCUUAUACAGAUACAUGCAAAGUCGAGAAUCACAGGCGACGGGACCGACGAGCCCAGGAACAGAUGUAAUUUUAUGUGGUCUGGCUCUUCAGGAGCAAUUUCUGGGUACCCAGACCAGAUCCUCAGUUCCCGUAGGAGACCAUGAUAACCUGUUACACAGUCUGGUGGUAGGCGAUGGAAAACUCUUGGAAGGCCCUCUCAGGGAAUAG